CUAAUAUUUAGAAUUUCACAGAAAUUCUUUUUAUUUAUUUUUUAUUAUAACAUAUUCAAGUGCAAGAAGUUAGUAGUUUAUGUGCUCAAUAUUUGAAGCUGCUACAAACACCACUACACACCUUUGUUUUGUGUUGGCUCACAUAAACUGCCGGCUUUGUGAGUACGUAUGUAUUAUUUAGAGUUACCAAUCUCUAUUGUUUUUUUCUUAGUAAGACAUUAAAAGUAUCGUGUAGUCAAUGUUAAAUGUAGUGUAUUUUUUUUGUGUACGGACCCUUAUUACUCUAAAUAAGCUUUAUGGUCUUAUACCUUUGCCUAUAUAUUUAGAUAAAAUAUACACAUAUUUCUCUAAAACCACUUUAAGUAGUCUGUGCCAUCGGUGGCCAAAAUGUACUGUAUUUAUGUCCCCAUAUAAAAAAAGUUUUUGAAUGUAAAUAUAAACAUAAACAGGUUGAAAUUUCAAUUUAAGUUUUAUGAAAUACAGUAAUUACAUUAAUUUAUAGUGAAAUGGAGGAUUCGAAAAUGAUAAUUUGGUUGUCGGAAACCAUACUUAGCAGUAGCGAUGAUACAGAUCUUAGUAGUUGGGACGAAGAGGUAUGUAGCCAAAAAUAUGAAUCCUCUGAUGACGACGAGGAGGAUGAAAGUGAUAGAUUAUUUUUUCCAUUAAUGCAAUAUUUAUUGAGACUUAAGAGAAAACGAGUUGAUGAUUAUUUGCAUAUCAUCGAUUCAUGGACAGAUUCGGAGUUUAAAAAUCGGAUGAGAAUGUCCAGGAAAACAACGUUGAGCUUAAUUGGUGACUUAGAAAAAUCUGGAUUUAUAGCAUCACAUAAAUUUGGAUUGAAACCUCUGGAGCCAAAACUAUGUUUUUAUAUAUUUUUAUCGUUUAUUGCCAGUACGGAACCAUUAACACCCAUGGCAACUCGAUUUGAUAUAUCAAUAUCAUCAACCUUUAGAGUGAUUAGACGAGUUGUUGCAUGGAUUUUGACAAAAUUGAAUGAUGCUGUUAAAUGGCCUCAGGGUUACAAUGAAAUAAAGACAGUAUGUGAUACAUUUCAUAACAAAACAGGAAUAUCAAACAUAGUAGGGGUUAUUGAUUGUACUCAUAUAAGAAUUGAGAAACCUAAGAAUCCAAGAGAAUACUGUAAUCCAAGAGGCUACUUUUCAUUAAUUCUACAAGCUACUAUUGAUGCCAAUAUGCGAUUCACAAAUAUAUUUUGUGGUGAACCAGGCUCCUCAAAUUGUUCUCGUGUUCUAAAGAAGUCACCUUUAUAUAAUACAGCAUCACAAAACAGAAAUUCUCUAUUUCCUCACAAUACAUUUUUAAUUGGCCACUCAGGAUACCCUUCAUUGCCAUGGUUAGUUCCACCUUUUCGAGAAAAUAAACGAUUAACAAAUCAGCAACGGGAUUUCAAUUCAUUGCAUUCUUCUACAAGAAAGUUAAGUGAUAAGGCAUUUCAUGCUCUAAAACGAAGAUUUCGAAGAAUCAAACUUUUCACAGUUUAUAGAAACAUUGCAUUUAUCACAGACACAAUUGUAGCAGCAUGUAUUUUACACAAUUACUGUCUUAACGAAAAUGAUUAUUUUGAGGCACAAGAAUGAGUAUAACUA